AUGCAUUUCGUACCGAUAUUAACGGCCCUCCUUGCCACCACUUUGGCUGCUGCCCAGCCACGAUCUGUGCAGGUGUAUAUCCACCCUAUUUCGUCGUCAAGCAAACCUGCGCCCCUUGCUGAGAUCGCCUACGACACGGCCGCAUUGUCUUCAUCCGCCUCCGUCAUCUCGUACGAAGCACCUGAGCUCCCCGAAUCAUCCGACCUCAUUCGCAUCGGCAUAUACGACACGAAAUCCUCACAAUGGAUCUCGGGAACGACUGUCGCAUCGACUGAGAACUUCAGCAAGGGAUAUGCGCCACACUUCGUGCUAUCGGUAGAUUCCCGUGGCGAGGUUAUCAGCACAGCGCUGAAGGGCGUGAGAAUCGACGCUGGGCAGACAAGAGACUUUGGUCCUCAGGCUACGUUGCUGGUGGAAUCAAAGGGCAAGCAACCCGAGCUGAACAAGCCCGUUGUUCUCUCGCCUGAGGGCAAGAAGGUAGAAGAAGAGGAGAAGUCGUUCUUCCAGAAGUACUGGUGGAUGAUUGGCAUUGCCGUGUUUGUCUUGAUGGGCAGUGGCGGAGCAGAGAAAUAG